CCCCCGGCCCGCCCCGCGGCGCAUUGUGGGAUCUGUCAGACUGUCGGAUGGUGGAGGACACCGCGCUCCGUCAUGGCAAUCCAGCCGAGCUCUGCCCUGCUGGCCUCCCUGGGGGUGGGGCUGCUCAGCCUGCUCGGCCUGGCUCUGGGCUCCUACUUGGUUCGGAGGUCUCGCCGGCCUCAGGUCACUCUCCUGGACCCCAGUGAAAAGUACCUGCUGCGACUGCUGGACAAGACGACUGUGAGCCACAACACCAAGAGGUUCCGCUUUGCCCUGCCCACCGCCCACCACAUUCUGGGGCUGCCUGUGGGCAAACAUAUCUACCUCUCUGCGCGAAUUGAUGGCAGCCUGGUCAUCAGGCCAUACACUCCUGUCACCAGUGAUGAGGAUCAAGGUUACGUGGAUCUUGUCAUCAAGGUCUACCUAAAGGGUGUGCACCCCAAAUUUCCUGAAGGAGGAAAGAUGUCUCAGUACCUGAAUAGCCUGAAGAUUGGGGACGUGGUAGAGUUUCGGGGGCCAAGUGGGCUGCUCACUUACGCUGGGAAAGGGCAGUUUAACAUUCAGCCCAAUAAGAAAUCUCCACCAGAACCCCGCGUGGCGAAGAGACUGGGAAUGAUUGCCGGCGGAACAGGAAUCACCCCAAUGCUGCAGCUGAUCCAAGCCAUCCUGAAAGUCCCUGAAGAUCCAACCCAGUGUUUUCUGCUUUUUGCCAACCAGACUGAAAAGGACAUCAUCUUGCGGGAGGACUUGGAGGAACUGCAGGCCCAACAUCCCAACCGCUUUAAGCUCUGGUUCACUCUGGAUCAUCCACCGGAAGGUUGGGCCUACAGCAAGGGCUUUGUGACUGCCGACAUGAUCCGGGAGCACCUGCCCGCCCCAGGAGAUGAUGUGCUGCUGCUGCUUUGUGGGCCACCCCCAAUGGUGCAGCUGGCCUGCCAUCCCAACUUGGACAAACUGGGCUACUCACAAAAGAUGCGAUUUACAUACUGAGCAUCCCCCAGCUUCCCUGGUCCCAUUCCCUACAAUUGUCCCCAGGCAGUACUCAAGCACUAUAAGCCGUAGAAUCCUUUCCUAAGAGUAUCAGCAUUUUGUGUCUCACUCUGGAGCUGAAAUCUGGAUGGUACCUGCAAGAACAACAUUCCUGUGGCCAUAGAAGAAGGCCAAGACUGAGUCAUUCUUUAGAAGGCCCCCCCAAAUCUCCCUGUGAUAGAAGAUCCAGGUGAGGCUCAUGAAGCUGUCUCUUCCACGGGGUAAGAAAAGAAGGGAGCAGGUAUAUUUGCUCCAAGACUAGUUCCUUGAUAGCAUCACACUCCCACCUUCUUUGUGUCUGUGAUGCAAGGAACAGUCUGUGCAAUGGGUUUUAUUUACUAUUCAGUGUUUAACCUAUGGGCAAAUUCUAGGUAUGUGAGUGUGAGUUGAGCAGACUUCUAGAGGGGGCAGGAGAGGAGGAAAUGGUUUUUUCAGACCUUCAGACCUCUGAGAAAGGAAUCUGAACUAUGUAUUUUUGUGUCUGCAUCUCUCAGCCCCUGCCCAGGCUCGAGAGAAAUGGCUACCAGUAAUCUAAGGCUGCUGCUUGUGGCAGGAACCUCUGGCUAUGCAAAUAAACAGAGCUGUGGCCCCUGUGUGAUACCUA